AAUUUGUUUGGACUAACUAUAUGGACAUCCCGCGUUUCGCUGACCAGUUCAUCUUCCUCUGCAACGACGGUGGGCGACUUUCUGUCUAGGAUAGAGGUCCUCUAUAAAGACCAUCCUUUACCCAAGGAGCAGGAAAAAUUAAUUUCUUAUUAUUAUAACCAACAAAUUGGAGUUGAAGCCUGGAAAACUAAGACAACAAGUCAGUGGCUAACUGAUUACCUGAAAAAGCACAGGUAAAUUUUCCACCUAUUUUCAACCACCUGUUGAGCUUCGUUAUCAGCAGCAAAGGAAAAACCGACCUGAGGAAAAACAAAGAAGAGCACACUCCAAGUUGCAACAGCUGGAAAAAUCAAUAACUAAGAGGCAAGGCUAACGACCCUGAACCCUCCGCUGACACUGAACUUGCCCCAUCGCAAGUCGGUCAACAAAAUAUGUCCAGCAUGGCACGUUUUCGCAAGUUGAGUCGCCAAAGCGAGGAGCUCGAACCCGAGGCAAGUGCAUCUUUAUUGAAGUCAUCUCCGAAUAUUUUGGAGAACUUUGCCUACGACGAGUUCCAGUCGCUGCAGCAGAAGCACCCGAUCCUCAAGCGGAUGGCCACCUCUCCCAGCAACGGGCAUUCUGGAUCCCAGAGCAGCUCCUCCUCUUCAUCGGCGAAGAAGGAGCCCAAAUUCUGCGAUACCCUGGAACGACAUGCUUUCAUGAGGAAUGUGAUCAACCAACAGCCGGAAAGUGUACGCCGGUACUCGAGUCCGGGUGAAAAGGAGGCGCAGGUGCGGAAAAGUCUGGAGGAGAUCACCAAGGAUCUCAAGGAGAUCGAGCAGUUUGUCAGUGCCACCGAGGAGUUAAUGCAGAAGGAGAAGGAACAGGAGCAGAUCCUGUACUCCAACAAGGAGAACAAGUGCCCGAGUCCCGUGAAAAGGGUCACCUAUAAAAUAAAUGCGGUUAAAGCUCCUCUGAGAAGACAUCGUCCGGGAAGUCCGAGGUUCUAUCACUCCAGAUUGUAUUUCAGGAAUGGUAAAAUCGGAUGUGUGGACUCCACGGAGCAUCAGAACAAUGUGGGUGCCACUCAUGCUUUGGUUAAGCACAUUCUGCAUCAUGAGAAGCCUCUUGUCAGUCCGGAUAGUGUGAGGCGAGUCCUCGAACAGGAGAACUUCGAAAUGGUUCCACUACCAGGAGAAGUUCCCGAAAUCGUUCCCGAUCCAAUUGCCAUUCAGCGAGCAGAGGAACUGGCAGCAGCCACUGGUCAAGUGGUUCUACCCAAGGAGGAGGAGGACGAGGAGGAAUCACCACUCCACCAAGCUGAAACCCAUCCGAUUAUCGACGAGGACGAACAGGAUGUGCAGAUCUGUUACAACGAAUCGCCGGAACUGCAAAACGAGGAUCGCAAUGAGCGAGCUCAGCGAACUCCUUCUAUAAAUGAAAGUGAAAUAGUGGCAGUUGAUGAACCGGAAACGGAUAUGGAUCUGGAGCACCGGAAACCAAGCUCCGCUGGCAGUCUAGAUUCCCAGGGCCAGCAGUUCCUUCGCGAUCAAGUUCGCCAUCUCGUUCGUCGCUUUACAGCCAGAGCAAAUAAGGUUAAAUCUCGGAUCGAACUACCACCGACUCCUUCCUCCAGCAGCACUGCAAGUUCACCAUCUCCUCCGCCAACCAAGAGUCUGCAUCCUUCGCCACAGCACAAGGUGCGUUUGGUGCCAGCUGGGCAAUCUCCCCAUCGAGGAAGACUCUUCGAGGCGGAUACUCCUCGAUCGAAUGUGUGGCUUUGUUCCAGUUUGUGCGGAGCCAAUAACGAUGAGCGCACCUUGGAUCCCCAGGGAAAGAUCUACAUCUCCUGGCUUUGUGUGGUGUCACUAUCGUUCCUCUAUAAUGCCUGGGUCAUCCCUUUGCGGGCCUCGUUUCCCUUCCAAACCAAGGAGAACACAAACAUUUGGUUGGCCUGCGACUUCUGUGCCGAUAUUGUGUAUCUACUGGAUGUAGUUUUCUUUAAACAUCGAGUUAUGUAUCUUUUCGAGGGAUUUUGGGUGAAGAACAAAAAUUUGACAAGGAAGAAUUACAUGAGGAAAUUGCAAUUUAAGCUGGAUCUUCUUGCUCUGCUUCCCUUGGAGCUUUUAUAUCUAAAACUUGGAACUGGUGCUGUUUGGUUGCGAUUUCCCAGGUUCUUUAAGAUCCAAAGCUUCUGGGAAGUGUUUCGCCUUUUGGAUCGCGUCAUAUCAUCACCGCAUUUCGUGCGUGUGGCCAGAACUUUAACCUACAUGCUUUACAUGAUUCACAUCACAGCUGCUUUGUAUUAUGCCUACAGUGACUACCAGGGAUUGGGAAAGAAUCGAUGGGUCUUCAGUGGCAAAGGUCAUCCUUAUGUAAGGUGCUUUGCUUUUGCCACCAAGACGGCCACCUCGAUAGGAAAGAAUCCAAAACCAGAACGACAAGGGGAAUACGUUUUCAUGACGGUUGCCUGGUUAAUGGGCGUCUUUGUCUUCGCUUUGCUUAUCGGUCAAAUCAGGGAUAUUAUAUCCACAGCCACUCGAAAUAAGCAUGAGUAUCGUCAGCUGGAGGAUGAGACUUUGGAGUACAUGCGACGCCUAAACCUUUCGCAGGAAGUGCAGUCAAGGGUCAAAAUGUGGUUCCAGUUCACUUGGGAACAACAGCGUACUUUGGACGAGUCCAACAUCCUGGAUGCUUUGCCCAUCAACCUAAAAACCGACAUCGCUAUCUCCGUGCACAUCCAAACCUUGUCCAAAGUUCAACUCUUUGCUGAUUGCGAAGAGGCUUUGCUUAGAGAUCUUGUCUUGAAAUUGAGAGCCGUAACCUUUUUGCCUGGAGAUUUUGUUUGUCGCAAGGGUGAGGUUGGCAGAGAGAUGUAUAUCGUGAAGCUGGGACAAGUCCAAGUGAUGGGAGGUCCUGGUAGCGAUGUAGUCCUCGCCACUUUAACCGAAGGCUCCGUUUUCGGUGAAAUAAGUUUGCUGGGAAUCAAUGGAGCUGAUCGCAGAACAGCAGAUGUGCGAUCAAAGGGAUAUUCCAACUUGUUCGUGCUGUUGAAAUCCGAUUUAAACGAGGUCAUUGCAUACUAUCCAAACGCGCAGGCAAUUCUCAAAAAGCGAGCUCGCCAACUGAUGAGGAAAAAUGCAGCCAGGGAGCGCGAAGAGGAGCGAGAAAGAGCACGCAGUGCCCUUCAGGCGGAUGUGGUUAUUGGUAACCCAAAAACACCGGAAACCCCACCGAAACUUCUACAGACAGUCAUCCAAGCACUACCAUUUGAAUCCCCUGCUGUGGUUCUCAUCACCAGAGGUUCGAAGAGAAUGCGACGCAAACGUCAAUCGCUGCAGAUGGAAACCAUUGUGGAGCCGAAAAUGGAGAUCACAGGCGGCGCCGAAUCGCUGGAUCAGAAGAGCUUAAAACCGGGUCGCUGCUCACCAGAUUUGCUCUCUUCCAUUCAGCAGGAGCUUAAGUCGAAGCACAAAUUUAUCAACCUCACUGAUUCCGAGAAGGCGUUGAUCAGCCAAUCGGCGAACAAUUCGCUGGAGGACAUGAAGGUCGUGGAUCUCUAAGAUUUCAUAGCCAAUUUCAUAGUAUUUGUCUAAUUAUUGUAACAAAAUAUUCUGCGAU